AAUCCUCCGUCUUAGAGAACCUCGGCGAAAUUUUCUCGAAGCCUGAGAAAUGUCUCAUUGCAAACCUCCAAGAACCGGCUUCUUAGAUCUACAGGUGUUUCUGCGUUUCCUAUGGCAUGAUGCAUCACAGUAGGAAGUACUCGCCACCGCGCCACUGCGUCGUCGGGACGCCUCUAGUUGUACCUCAGCUGAACCGGUUACCGACCUUUCGGGUGGAAGAAGGUCACCCGAUGGAGAAGAAUUCACCGAAAGCCAAAUCCAGAAUGCGCAACGCGAAGGUGAAGGCGGUGAAGAGAGCUCCGUCUCCCCAAAGACCACGCGUCUCUCCAAAACCCGUUCAAAGCGAAGCGCUACCGAAGGUGGCGGAGAACGGUGGAGCCGGACAGCGGUCUCGAAAGAGGGGCUUCAAACCCCCAGAUGUGAGGACGAUAUUCGACCCACGCGUAAAAGUGGAGAGAGGAGAAGGACACUCGUUUUGUGAGGACGCGACGCACGCUUGGUGCGAUGUGUGUUGCUCGUAUAUCUUUCAAGAUGGCUUGACCUGCACAGGUUGCAAAUACACAUGUCAUGCUCAGUGCCGUGACCAGGUGGCGCUAGACUGCCAUCAGAACGGAUCCAUCAAUGGCUGCCCACUCAGCGCUCUUGCUCAGGACCAUCUGAACAACAACCAGUCCUCACACAGCGAUGUGGAGAAAGAGAAAGAGCUGCGCACUCAUCUCACUCAUGAGGAGAUCAGAAAGAAGGUCGAGCAGUACAACGCAGACUCACGUGACCACUUUAAAAUGACACUGAAUUCUAGCGGCAUGUACACAGGCUUCAUCAAGGUGCAGAUGGACCUGCGGAGGCCCAUCACGGUGAAAGGAGGUGGGGCAGGAGGGGUCAAAGGUCAAGAGGCGUUUUACCUUCCGCGUGGCUCCAUAAACACCCUGCACAUCAGCAGCACCAACACAGUGCGACAGGUGAUCGAAGCCAUGCUGAAAAAGUUCACCGUGGCCGACAACCCCGCCAAGUUCGCCUUGUUCAAACGCUUCAGCAGAGAAGACCAAGUGUACACCUGUAAGCUGUCAGAGGAAGAACACCCUCUGUUCCUGCGUCUGGUGGCGGGACCCAGCACUGACACGCUCAGCUUUGUCCUGAAGGAGCAGCAAACCGGUGAAGUCUUGUGGGACGCCUUUUCCAUCCCCGAACUGCAUAACUUCCUCCGCAUCCUGGAAAAAGAGGAACAGGACCAAAUCUGUGCGAUAACCAGACGCUACAACACCUACAGAGAGAAACUGGACGAGGCCAUGAGAGCAGCGGGCGGCCCAGGCUAAAGCUACCCUGCUGACAGAAGGAACUGCAGCACUGCUGCCUCUAGUGGUCACUGUCUGUAAUGAACACUAUUCGGUGUCACUGUGCCAAGUGGACACCCCUCAGAAACUCAGAGGAGAGCACUGACCUCCCAGAAUGCACCUCAGGUGCCAUAUUUACCCUUCCGCCCCCUUGUGAUCUUUCACAGUUUCAACCGUCGCAGUUAUUUCUCAUGUUUUCUGUUCUUUUACCUCGUGAAGUUGUGAAUGAUGCAAACGUGAAAUUGUUUUUUAUUUAAUUGUUGGAUGCUGUGGUUUGUAAAUAUUUCUGUUUGUUGUUUUAAUUUAUGUGGGUGAAGUUUUAUUCUUUUGUUUAUUUUACUGAAAGAGUCUUAUUUUAUUUCAAAUAUAUUAUUGACCAGAAACUGAUGGGAUUGGGGAUUAUUUUUGUUUUAUAUUAAAUACCAAUUGACUCAUAAUGUGCCCUACCAAAGAUAGUGUUGGCAUUUGAUGUGCUGUUGACAAAAUGAGGACAAACGUAGCACGUGACAAAGACCUGAAAACCACGUGAGACCAAACGGACAGGAAGAGUAUGUUUGUGAUGGAGAGGUUUGAAUGUGAUGAUGUAGGGGCAGGAAAUGAGGACUAAAACAAUGGAGCAUUUCAUAAUCAUUAGUGGCUGAAUGGAUGGCAUAAAUGCAAAUUAAAAACCAAACUUGCGUUUAUUUUAAUUCAGAAAAAGUAUGCAUAAGGAUUCUUAGGUGAUGUGCUGGAAUUGUAACCGAACGGAUUUCAGGAAGUUGGAAAGAGGAGCUUAGGGGAUGUUUGAAAGUAUGUGGGAAGUGUCACGCAGAGGCAGAGCAGACUGAUGUUGGCCAGGGUCAGACCAGACGCUCUUUCUCAUGAUGGGACGUGAUGACCUCGGGUUUGAGCAGAUCAACAGUCAACAGGGCAUUUGUUUUUCAGUGAUCUCAUCAACCCUGGAAAACGAGUUAGAGGGCGUCUUUGGGACAAAUGACAGAAUAUAUAAGUAAUGAAGUUGUUUGUUUUGAUGCUACAGCCUGAAAAUGGUCAAUUUAAGCUACGUCUGUCAAGUUCUACUUGCAGUGUGAUCUUACUUUCUGUGAUACGUAAAUAUAUGUAUAAUCACACUGAUCCGAUUUCCUGUAGCAAGAGGAUAUAAAGCUCUGCCAAUAGUUUAUUUUACAAGCAUUUCUUCAUGGCAUGGAGAUGUAGCUGAACUGUUACCGUUGUGAGGUACACUAAAAUAAACGCAGACACGUUAAUGGUCAGUGCUACUUUGUCACAGCAGCAUUCAAGGUCAACACUAAUGGCGAUGAUUUUAAAUGAUACUUGUGUAUCAGUAGGUGGUUUAAUAUGUAUACACAUUUAUAUUUGAAUUUCUGUAUGCUAGUGCUGCAUGACGGUUUCCUGAAGGGUACUGCAACAUUAUAUUGUGACGCAUGCAUAGCGAGGUAGCGACACCUUGUGACCAACUGCUGUAACUACAUCUCUGCAGUCUUGUGUCUCACCUGUGUCAGUUAAUUCAAUUGUCUUAGACACAGAUUGUGUGCUUUUUUUUCUUUAUUAUUAUUGGUUUUAUAACCUCUAACCAAAGAUAUUAUUAAAAUGCAUAGUUUAAUUUAAGUUUGAAACAAAUUGCCUGGUGCAAUCAGUUUGAACACCUCAAUAAACUGAGGUUAAAUUACAGUAUCUAUCUUGUCCAAUGGUUUUACCAUGGCAACUUUAAUUGUAAACACUGGGGUAAAUUAGAGUAAUUUGUGUAAUUUUAUUGUGUGAAAUUGUGUACACAACAGUCUCAAUAUAUACAAUCGAAGAGGAUUUGUCAGGGGAAUAAGACCAGUAAUUUUAUAAAUGCUUUUUGGGCACUUUGUUUUAAUUCAGGGAGUUAUUUCGUUUUAUUAGUCUUCAUCAGAUGCCUAUUGCCUUCCACUGUUUUUAAACGGCAUUGCAUCUAGUGGAAGCUCAGUUAUGUUGUAUGAUUUUUUUUUUUUUUUUAUAAAUAAAGCUGUUUCAGUACUUGAUUUUUUUUUUCUUAAACAAGCUUUUUGUUUGUAGAGUAAGACUGUGAAUGAAUGUUAAAUUGUAUUCAUGUAUAGUAAAGUGGUGUGGAUACGAGUGAACUGCUUCAAUACUUUUAAGUAUACGUGCAUGUGUUAUAUUAAUUCAUGCAUAUUUUAUGGCUGUUUUAGGACAUCACAGGCCAGUGCUGUUGAUCUUUCUGUUUAACAACAUAGUUAGCUCACAAAUCCCAUACUCUGUAUUUGCCAAAAAUUCUCAUUUUCUUCCACAGUUUUAAGUUACGUGGUUUUGGGGAUGUUAAUGAUGUAAGUUUUUAUAUAUCGAAGAUGAAGCGAGGACUCUGUUGGCAGAAGUGGCAUGAAUAUUGUCCUUGAGAGGUUUAGAAAAGCUUCACUAAAUAUGCAUUUAUAGAAUCCAAAUGAGUCCACAUGUCAUGCAUUUUUGACAAUGACCGGGUUCUUUGAGGGUUUGUAUUGUUACCAAUCGUGGCCUUUCUUGUUGAAGACAUGGUUUCUUUAAAUAAAGAGUAAAUGUUUCUCAAUUCA